AUGGACUUAGCUUGUCUAUGUGAAGCACUUACAGGCUUAAAAAAUCAAAACAUCUGUAUGUUUAAUGGCAAAGCUGUUGCGAAACUUAAGCGAAAGGAAUACCGUCUAAUGAGUGAUGACGAAAGAACGCGCUUCAAUCAGGCUAUGCUCAAUAUAAAACAAAAUGGCAAAUUCUGGUUACUUGUGGAUACGCAUUCCAAUAUGCAAACAACGCUCGGGGCUCAUGCUGGUCCAGCUUUUUUGCCUUGGCAUCGAGAAUUUAUUAAAAGGUUGGAGUUUGAAUUGAGAAGAGUCGAUCCGGAAGUAUUUCUUCCUUAUUGGGAUUCCACUUUGGAGUCACGCUUACCUGCACCAAAGGACUCUUCUCUUUUCUCACCAGAAUUGAUGGGCACUGGCACCGGGGCUUUAAUUGAUGGACCAUUUGCCAACUGGAUGGACUUAAAUAACCGCUUUCUUCAACGGCAAGUUGGCUUCGAUGGAUCCCCCUUCACGGAUGAGGUCGUUGAAUUUCUACUAAAUAGAGCUAAUUUAAUGAAUAUGUUGGCCUACUCGUUUCCAAGAGAGGGUUGCUUCAAAGAUGCCAAACAACAGAAGUAUUCCACUAACUCCAGCAUUGAGGGGCUACAUGCCGAAAUACAUCUUUGGAUUGGAGGUCAUAUGCUUGAUCCAAUGACCUCAGCUAAUGAUCCGAUCUUCUACCUUCAUCAUGCAUUUGUUGAUUUGAUUUGGGAAACGUGGAGACAGUCAAAACAGAAGCGAAAUCAAAUGGAAAACGAAUAUCCGUCGUUUCGUACGUUUGAUAAACCGUCUCCGUGUGCAACUUCCUUUCAUGACGCGCUAGCAACGAUGGUGCCUUUCUCUUCUUUACAGAAUCGAGAUGGUCUCUCGCUUGCCUACACGGAUAAUCUUUAUGAAUAUGCCCCAAGACCUACGUGCAGUGUGGAAGAUUUAGAUUGUGGUAGCCGCUUCCUGUUUUGCGAUGUUUCACAUGGUGCACUGAGGUGCGCAUCGAAAAUUCGAUUAGGUGGCAAUUGCACUGGUUAUGCAAACGGCGAAGAUGCCUGUUAUAAUGGCAUUUGCAAGCAAGAUGUUUGCCAAGAACUCCCUCCGGAAGACAAAGCGAGCAGCUUAACAACAGCUGUUUCCACAAGUCAGGUCUGCACCAAUGUGGGCCGUUUGGGGCAACCCAAGCUUAUCUAUUGUGCGGAUCGUCAUUUCUCAUGCGUCAGCUGGGCGCAAAGUGGCGAAUGUCUAAAUAAUCCCAUCUGGAUGGCUGAGAACUGUCGUAGAAGUUGCAAUCAGUGUCAGCAAACAAGAGCUACUGCAUGCCGGAAUCCUCAAGUUUUCGCCAAGCCAGCGCCAGGGACGAUCAAAUGCAAUGGAUCCACUGAAUGUUAUAAUAAAAAUGCGUGUUGUCCAUAUUGGGCAAGUCGGAGCGUGUGCAAGCGAAAACCAGAGUUCAUGAAUUGUAAUUGUCGAGUCUCUUGUGGUCUGUGUACUCCGUCAAACUACCUCUAUGGAGGAUGCAAUGAUUACCACCAGGAAUGCCGAAUGUGGGCUCAAAGGGGAGAGUGCAAACGAAGCACUUGGAUGGAAGAAAACUGUCGUGCGAGUUGUGGGACUUGUUUCGAUAUGCUUGGGCUUGCCUCGCGUUGUCCAUCGACAAGCGGAGCAACGUUGAUCGCAAACGUUAAACCGCUCGAAACUCUCAUCGACAAUGGCAAAAUCUAUCAAGAAAUGGAACCCGUGAUUGUCGGUGAAAAUAUGUUUGAUGGUCACAUCAUCGAAGAUUGGGAAGAUGGAGAA